AUGAAGAUCGCUGUGGUCAUUGUGUCAGCAUUUGGUACAGUUGAAGCUGGCAGACAAAGAGAAUUGUUUGCAUUGUGUGUGAUUCGUGUGCUCCUCCAUCUAUUGUUUCUUGCAGCCGUUCUGAGAGUCCUUCCAAACCGAUCCCAGUUCUUCCAGUACAAGACUGUGUCUCUGAGCUGUGGGCAGCAGGGAGAGUGGAGAGUUAAGAAGAACACAUCAAAAAACAUCAACCAAGAGUGUUUCACAUCCAGGAAUGGAAUAAAUGAAUCCCUCUGCUCUAUCGAUGACCUUUACCCAUCAGACAGUGGAGUGUACUGGUGUGAGUCUGCAGAAGGAGAGUGCAGAGAUGCUGUCAACAUCACUGUGACAUGUGGCUCUGUCAUCCUGGAGAGUCCUGUUCUUCCUUUGAUGGAGGGAGACCAUGUGACUCUGCAUUGUAUAAACAGAAUGGACUCUGCCUCCAAUCUCAUGACUGAUUUCUAUAAAGACGGGUUUCUGAUCAGGAGCAGCUCUACAGGAAACAUGACCAUCCACAGUGUCUCUAAAUCUGAUGAAGGACUCUACAAGUGUAACAUCUCUGGAGUUGGAGAAUCACCAGACAGCUGGCUGACUGUCAGAGUGUCAGACUCAGCAGUUCCCGAUGCUCCCGUGAUGUCUCUGUCCAGACUGAUAUGUCACAUACGUCGUCAGGGACUGCCUUUCCUCGCGUGUCCAACAAUCAUACUGGGACUCAUAUGCAGAGACAGAAGAGCUCCUCGGCUUGUUGCAGUGGACAGAAGACACGAUGUCAUCAUGGAGGUGGAAUAG